CAUGCCGCCCGCCCGCCGCGCUCGCGCUCCGCUCCCUGCGCCCGCCCCGCGCCCCCGGGCCCGCGCCGCGCGCGCAGCCUGGCGCCUCGCACCCCGCGCCCCCGACUGCGCCCCGUCUUCCUCUGGGCGCGCCAGCAGGACGGCCGCGUGCAGGCCGUGCACUGUGAGGACUACGACCCGCGCAACCGCAUCCGCCUGGCGCGCACGCCCAGCGGCUGGCGCGUGAUCCCGCGCACCGAGAUCUACAACGCGAUCCGCGUGCCGCCCGCGCCGCCGCGCGAGCGCAAGCGCAGCCGCGCCGCCCGCAAGCGAGCUCGCGAGCCGGCCUGGCUCGCCCCUCCCGACCUGGAGACCCACAUCCCCUCGCACACCAUCGCGGUGCCGCGCUCGGCCGCGCCGGCGCGUGCGCCCGCGCCGCCGCCGCCCGCGCCCACGCCGCCGCCCGAGCCCACGCCGCUCGACAACCUGCUGGCCGUGGCCGAGCUCGAGUUCAACCAGCAGCGCGGCAAGGACCUCGAGCUGGAGGCCGGCGUGAACGACGCCUACGCCUUCCUGCCCGACGAGGCGGUCGCUAGGGACGUCAUGUCGUUUGAUCUUGGCGAACCCCCCAAAACUACAGAGGAUAUAUUCUACGACCGGAAAUCACAUGGGGAGGAGGACUUUCAGAACAAUUUAGUGGUCCAUAAAGAUUUAUUUGAGACUAUUAGUGAGGCACAUUAUUUGCCGGAGUUGAGCGGGCCCCACGACGAGGCCCUUCUCGAAUCGCUCGUAGAGAAAGGUUGUGAGGAUAAUCAAAUCCUGGGUCAGGCGCUGGACAAGCUGGCGCACCUGGUAACGGGUGGCGGCGACUACGCAGAGGAAGACGAAGACAUGCUGUUGAGUGGCGCGCCAGUGGCCGACAUCAUUGAUAGGUUGGAGCAGUCGCUCGAGUCUCCCGGCCGCAGCAGCAUUACCGCAGCACAGGGCCUGCUCCAUCUGCACCACAUCGGAGACCAGCUGCAUGACAUCCAACCUGACCAGCAGACUGUCGAUCAAACCUAUAUGUCAGAUGAAGUGUUUGUUCCUGAAGUGCCCACGUUAACGUUGACUCAAGAUAGGGAACUUCAGGUUGCUAAUGAAAUUACUAGUAUGGAGUAUGAACAAGAAGCCGGGAAGACGCUAGGAGUCGCCGUUGAAGCGACUGAAUCUAUGUAUACCGAUAUUAGUGAGCCUGUAAUUGAAGAGCAUGAGACUUACAAAGAGAAUUCCGAAGAGGAACUGCCAAAUCCUAUGUUACCAGAAGACAGUGAGAUACCCGUGCCAACCGUAAUUACUACAGAUGCUGAAGCAUCUAAAGUUGAUGAACCGGUAGAAGAAAACGAGGAGGAUGUACCAAAGUGCAUGCCGAAAGAAGAAGUUACGCAACCGGAAGGCCCUGGAGAAGACUCCGAGAAAGAACCGGAAACGGAAUCAGAAGACCCUUCGGUGUGUGAGUUAGUGGCUACUGAUCUUAGUUUAAAAGCAGUUCAGAAGCAAAAACAGGUGUUAAGUGCAGUGAUAGAAACGAGGCAUGUGGAGGAAAAUGUGACAGUGGAGAAGAGCGAAGAACUUCCGAGGGAUUUGAGUGUGCACCGGAGACUACCGACCCCCCACGCGUCGCCGCGGAGGAUUGACAUCCCGAGGGCACCGUCGCGGGAGUCGGACGCCAUGCAGUCCCCGCAGCCCAGUGGCAUCCCCGCCAUACCAUCAUCACCAGAAAUAUUCACGGCUCCGCAAAAAAGUAAACAGACGCUGUUUCUAGAAACGUUACUCUCUUCUCCAUCUCCAAAGAUGUACACGUCCGAAGUUACCAUCACAAAACAACAAUGCGAGCCUCUUAAUUUAGGUAAACACAGAAAAUCUGCGAGUCCAACCGUCUCCAGUUGCUCAGACGAAAUGAGAAAAUUAAAUAAAGAAUUUGGUGAACCGCAGGAGAAAAGAAUAAAGAAUGAGACGGACUUAGUUAAAAUUAGUAAAGUUUUCAAAGGUUCAAACGAGGACUCUAAAAAAUCUGAUAAGUCGACGCAUAAGCCAAAUGAGGAUACGAGUCCAUUAAAGCAAUUGCAAAUUUUAAAAACUACUGCAGACUUCAACAUUCCAGACCCGCUCUUAGUACCUAAAGACAAAUUAAAUCACAUAUUAGCGGCACCCGGGCGAGAGAUCCCAGCCUUACUAAUACAGAGGCCAGAGCUCAGACUACCCGAGGCGUUCGCGUACCCCUCCAUUCUGCAAGACCCAGAUAUACUAGUCAUAUCUUUGUCACAACUGGAAAAUAUCUUAGAAAAUGAUGCCAAAAAAUUAUCGACUCCUAAAUCUAAGGAACCUACGAUGCCAGAGCCUAUAAGAAUGUCGAGUAGCGACCCACCCAAGCCUGAAGUACGUAGUACUACCACUCCAGUGCCCGACCAAACGCCACACCCAAAACCUAUACAAUUAGAUGCUUUAGCUACAGAUAUAGAUGCGGCCACCACGGCUGCGCUCAACCAAAUGUUCUGGCUCCCUUACUUAAAUCAGCUAGAAGUAAUGGCGGCUUGCUCUCAAAACAGCGAAUUCCUAAAAGCAAUGAGUGCUUCUGGCUACUCCGGGCAAAACUAUGCAGAGUUAUCUCAAAUGCUAAACGCGUCUCGCUUUAUGGGGCCUGGAGGGUUCCCAAUGAUGCCACAAAUGGACUACGACAACAGAAUGCAAUUCGCCAUGUGGCAGGAAGCUAUGAACCAGGCGAACGCGGCUGCGUCCCGAUCGAAAUCGGAAGCCCAGAAAGAAGUGCCAUCAAAAUCUGCUGACGUCCAAAAUCCUUUCGUCCAUUCCACGAAGAAUCAUCAAAGCAAAUCGCAGUCGCAUUCGGCGGCACGAACUAGCCCGAUCGCACACAACUACAACAACAAUCAGCGGUCUAUGGCCCACAAUCCAUUUUUCCAAAGCAUGUAUCCCGGGAUGAACCCGAAUAUGAGACCGAACAUGCCGCUUCCGGGUUUACAGAUACCGUAUUUCAAUCCAAAUAUGAUGGGGAGCCAACGAUCGCCUCGUACGAGCCAGCAAAAGAGCCCAACGUCGCCAUAUUAUCCAAACAAUAAUUAUUUGCAAAGCGUGAAGCAUUCGGAGGCUACGCAUCAGCGCAGCAGUAGCACGGGGUCUCAGGAGUCUCCACGUCCGCGGAUUAGUGUUAAAUCGCUCCAGAACCUUCUGGAGCCGACAGCGGCUGCGGCGUCCGGUGUAACGGCUCGACGGUCCUCUGUACCAUCGUCGUCUCUGGGCCGUCGACGGGACGAGCCAGAGGUCGGCAGCACCACGCCGCUCGGCGAGCCACCACCGCAUCCCAUGCCGCACCCGCACGACCCAUCAACGUACCACUUAUGGCAUCCUCUAUUUGGCAAUCAAAAGGGCUACAACAGCCCGUGGAGUUGGACAACGGUGACCGCGACGGGCGACUGACCGCGCGCCCCGCGCGGGCCGCCCGCGCCGCCGCAGUGAGCUGGGGAGGGGGACGGGGAUGGACGGUUACGUUGGGUUUACACUUUGAGGUUAUCUUGGAUUUUGAGGUUAUGUUUUGAGGUCAACUUGACAAUUUUGAGGUUAUAAUGAAGAUUUGAGGUUAUUUUUAUUGGAGUUUGAGGUUAUGUUGUGUUAUUGAGGCAUGUUUGAUAAUUAUAUGGGUUAUCUAUGAUUGGUAUCUGUACCCAGAGUAAAACUAUCUUAAAAUCAAGGCUCCUCCGCCAAUCAACAUAUUUAGAUAUAAACUAUGUGAGCAUAAAAACUUUGCAGAGGGGCCUUUACUUUAAGAGAGGCUUACUCAACGUGAGACUAGACCAGAGACUAGUAUGAAUUAGAUAGUGCUAAAGUCAAAUAAAAAAUCAAGCUCCUAAAAUACUUACCUAUUCAUUUUUAGAACGCAUCAUUGCAGUUUUUUAAUUUGACUUUAAUACUAUUAUAGAGGCAUUAUAAAAGUUCUCCAAUCAAUUGAAGGGUCUGUCUUUUUUUUAUUUUACUAAGCUAACUGUUGAAACGUAUGUUUUCACAAGUAUCGGAUUUAGAAAACCUCUAGAAUCAGGGAUCGCGUCGUGAGAUGCGAAUCAUGCCAACUUGUGCACACACAUUUUAAGCAAUAACGAAUGGACGUUAGACUAAUCUCAUGGUAUAAUAAUAUACUCCGCCUGGUACUCUCUUCCGACCACGUGACUGCGCUAUAUGAUAAUAUGCGAUAGCGCUAUAUAAAGUUGCAAUGUUAUUGUGACGUAGGCUUGUGUCACUCUGGGAAGAGAAGACCAUGUUCUAUUAGACUAUGACUAAUCUGAUACUUUGUGAAUAAGGUUAUGUUGAACAACUUAAGAUUGAGGUUAUGUUUUGAGUUAGUGAGGUUACUUGAUGCUGCCAUACAUAAUUUUGGUGAAAUGGCUAAAACUUCAUAAGAGACUUCACACACUUGGAAUACUGGCUGAGAUAGUGACCUGACAGACUGGACUGUAAUGGAAUACCUACCAAUACCAUUUACACAUAUAUAUCUUAUUCUAACAGAUGACUGCUGCGUCUGUCUCGACUGGCUUUGUGUGUGUCUGAAACUUAUGAAAUUGAGUGUUGACUUUUUACUUGUUGUUUUUACCGAUUUUUGAAAUUAAACGUCAUUAAGUUUUUUCUACUCGAUUUAUGCAUACAUAUUGUAUUUCUGAACAAUUUCGCAUCCGCUUUCGACCAGUCUUGUUGUUCGACGAAUUUAAAACGAAUGCUGGUUGUGAUUGUAAAGAUAAUUGUUGCAGUGUGGUCGAAAGCUGGACGCUGAGUUUCUUAUUUUCAACUUAUUGUUUAGUUAGAGCAGUCAAAAGACUUAAAAUGCGACUACAAAAGACAUCUCUAUUAUCGAUAAUAUUUUCCAAUAAUCGAAUAUGAGUUGUAAUUUAAUAGAGUGCGAAACCAUUCGAAAAUGGGUUAUUGGAUAAUAUAAUGAAAUAAAAUUAUACGCGGCAACACAUGUAUACAUUUUCAACUCAAGAUUGCCGGGUGUAUAUUUUAAUUAAUUAGUUUUGAAUAUUUGUAUUUGCUUGUCUGCAUACAAAUUCGCAUUUUAAGCUUUACGAUUGCUCAAAUUGCAUUUUUUCUGUCAUUUAAAAACCCUGGACCAGCUCCAAAUUGUGCGAAAUGAUCCGUCCGAUGUUGUUAGACCCCCAGCGCUGCGGCAGUAUCUCUGUUCCGCCGUAUCGUGAACUUACCUGCGCUCCGUACAUAUAAGGUUACGUGUCCGGAUAUAUGGGAAAGGCAAUCAUAUAUUAUACCUAAAGGUAUUAAUCAAUUUCUAUCAUUCCAGUUGGCAACGCCUAGUUUCCUCUCUGGGUUGGAAGGGAUGUAAGCUGGUUUCUUAAAACAUUGUGCCUGUACUAUAUCAAGACUUGAGACAAGAUAAGAGAGAAAAAAAAUUAUCAACUCAAAAUAAACGUUUAAUAAUUGAUUGUUGAUAACAACGCCAUCUGUUUGCGAUCUUGAUUGCCUUUCUCACCAUGUAAAUGUUUCAAAAUCACCACAAUGUUAAAAUAUGUAUAAAACGCUUUUUAUGUUAAACAUGAAUAUUUAAUAAGCUUACAGUUUACGACAUUGAAAUGUUGUACUAACUUAUAAAUAUAGUCUGUGCGGAAUGAGAAGAGUCGUAGAAUGUAAGGGAACAGGGAACCCAUACAUUCUAGGACUCUUCUCUUUCCGCACAGACUCUAGUUCGAACACGACGAAGACACAAUUCAGAGAUCGUUUAUUGCUUUGAAAUAAGGUCGACAUUUGAUCUCUUAAAUAUGCUUGACGAAAGUUAUAGAUAUGUUUGUUACCUGACAAAGGCAAAAAUGUAUUUAAUGACGUUAAUGAUAGUAGAGUUAGAAUCGGCUCCUUCGGAAAAUGAACUAACUAUACAUUUAGCUCAAAAGAAGUAUAGAUACAGUCUAUCAUUUCACAACCUAGCAAAGUUAGUACAUGUUCAACGUCUUUUACAUAAUAUUUAAAGUUAGAACACUGUCCGUGAACUGUGCAAUUAGAAUAAUUAGGUACAAAUAAGAAAACGCAGUUGAGUUCACACGGCGCGCGCUUUACUGGAAAGGAAUUGUAUUAAUUACCUGUUAUAGGAAACCCACCUUCAUGAGUAUCUACAUUCGUAUUUUACGUCUAUGCGGCCUUCACGUUGACAUUUAUAACGCUCAAUAUAUUCGUAAAUUGAGCAAAUUAGCCAGUGUUUUACGAGGCUUUAGUAACAGUCUCAGCUCAAGAUUAUACUUAGUAGGUACCUAAUGGUUGAAAUUAUAGUCUCAGUUCUAUUAUGCUGUCCGUCACUAUAUUAUUUAUUUAUAACAAUCACGGUUAUAAACUCGUACGCACUUUCAAAUUAUUCCUAUUAUAUAAAAGUAAAGGGUGUGUACUAACUUGUUUAUGGCUAUGAUGCACAAAAUGAAUCAAUUCAUUUUAUCUAAACUAAUAAAUAGCAACAGGUUCUGUCAGGAGCUUUUCUUGAACGAGUAGGUAGAUACUUAUUUUCCGUUAAUGUGGAGGCCCGCCUUGUACUGUGCUAUAAUUUAAAUGUAUAAUAGUAGGAGUUAAUAAUAUGGUGCGGUAUACUUGUAUAAAUAUAAUAAAUGAUAUAGAUAUUUUUAUAUUUAUUGAAACUCGCAAAUCUCGACUCGUUUAGACAGCUUUCCUCUAUCUACAUUUUUUUCUGACAACAAUACCGCACCGUGCGUUUAUCUCCUUUCAUAGAGUAACUUGGCAAAUAAAAAUGUAGAUGCUCAAAAAUACCAUAUCCCUAAAUGUAAGGUGCAUACCGGGAGUAAAGGCGUCAAGUGUAAUCUAGAAACUCUAAAUCAAAUUAUUACUCUAAUUUAGAGUUUCUAGUACUUAUACUUAAAUUUAGAACAUAAUUUAUUAUUAGUUGUGAUAUUUAUGACAAGUAACGCGGUGGAGACUGCGAUAGUUCCAAAUGAGUGCAAUCUGGUACGGACUGUAUGUAUUACUGUAGUUAGAGAAGAGGUUAUAAUGCAUUUAUUUAUACGCGAGACUGGCUGGUUGCAUUUGGAAAUAUAAAUACUUACUCGAAAAUAGUGACGUUUGUUGCUAGAGAAUUGAUAAAAAUCUAGACAUGUAUUGUGUCCAGCAUGCUGUCGUAUGUUUUAGUUAAAUUAAGUAUUUAUUAAUUAAAUUCAGACUAAGGAUUACGCUUACAUUUUUGGCACUUUUUGUAAAAUAGUUAAUGUUGAUUAGCGAGCUAAGAUUAAGUACCUUUAUAAGCUUGUGAAUAAGCCGCGUUUUCAAAUGCAACCCGCGUUUCUCUUAAUUUAAGUAACUUCAGUUAACUUGAGACAACUUGUGGCGUACUUAAAAGUUCGUUGAAUCGGACUUAUGCUUGUAGAAGUUUAUCGCAAGUUUUCUCCAAUAUUGCGUGCAGAGAGUUGAUAAGUUGUAUUGAAGUGGACAAGCUCUCUGAUAAGAAAACUUCUCGCCAAGUUUCAAAGUUACUUAAGUAGAUACUUAUCAAGAAAUAUUACUUUCUCUAUAUUCAUUUGUUAUUGUUUUAUUACAUUUAAAUGUGUAUCUAUUACUUUGGGAUUUUCGGGCGCACUAAUGUAACGCCGCUCAAAAGAUAGUGUACGUUUUGAUCGAUUUCAUAUCCCCAAUCAAGCACUUUACACAUAGCGAUUCAAAUUGAAUAUAAUCAUAAUUGGCACUUUUCGCAUUAUACGUGGACGAAUUUGAGGGUACGUCACAAGUUGCAGCCGGUCCGAACGCAGCGUUGAUCAGAUCUCUUUCACUCUCUAAGUGUUACUUGUAGCGACCGUUAUUAGUGCUCAGUUCGGACCGGCUUACUGAGAUCAAAAAAUACCCAAUACCCAACCCACAACGAAUGUCAUAAACCGAUUGCUAACAAAAACUGCAAUAGACAAUUGAUAAUGCAUAUCCAUUUUAUUCGAAUGUCAAUUUGAAAAAGGAAUCUUUGGAUAUUAUUUGAUCUCAAAUCCUUUUACUGUAGAUGAAACGAUGCGUUUCACAAAUUCUAGUGGUUAAAUUCUCUGUGUCACAGAAAUUAUGUACAAAAAAUAUCUGGGACAAUUUUCAGGAUAAGUGGUUGUUGUCACAACUGUUAAGAUACUUAAGACUACCAUACACUUGAGUCACUUUACAAGGAUAUUUACACUUCAAUUAAACAAGACAAAUAAAAUGGUAUCAGGUCAACCCUUCACCCCACUAGAAUCAAGGACACAAUCGUUUCAUACACUUUUGUGCAAAAAAGCUAUUUAUUUCGUUAUUUUUUAAGUUUUCGAUGAUUUUAAUUGUUCUCGUUACUUUCCUUGGGAAUCUUUAUCGAGUAGUAUUAGUAAGUACAAUUUUGAGCAGUACAGGGCCCGGGGCGCCGGUGGUCACCGGAUACUUUUCUAGUGUACAAUUCCAUUUUUUCUAAACAGCUAAAUGUGCGCUUGAUGAUAAUCUAAGGUGGUAGUGGUACCUUCAAAUUUCAAAGCCUAAACUACUACGUUAAAUAUCAAUUGAGUCCUUUUUCGGCAUUAAUAGCACUGCAACAGUAAAUGUCAGUUUUCCACUAUCUAUUAUAAUCCCACAUAUUUUGAUAAUUCUGCAAUUUGUGGUUCCUAAAAUGUAUGGGUACCAUCCACAACCUCUUAGAUAUCUCGUGUAGCGACCGGGCCCUCAUCGUUAAUAUAAUCGUGGUAAUCACUAAUCCAAAAGUUUCCUGAUGUAAUUUAUUGAGUCGGAUUAAAAAAAUACGCUUCUAAAGUGUACUAUGACAUAUGUAAAUAUAGGACAAACUAAUAUUAUAAUAGUGAAUGUUGUAAUUUGUAUAUAAGUAACGAAAAUUAAAUUUUAAAUACAUAGAUAACAUUGUGCGUA